CUCCCCCUUCAUGUCGUAAACUGCUUUCACUUCUUCCUACCUGCCCCUUUGCUGUAUGGACGGGCUCUGGAGUUUGUGGUUUUUGACCUCGUGUCGUCAAACGCAGCUGAGACACUGAUCUACCUUCUUCUCACGCCGGCAAGGUUGCUCCUCUCAGGGUCAUGGAUUUGACUGCGUUCCUCCCGCUGGUUCUCCUCUGCGUCGCAGUGCAAGGACAUGAAAAUAUCACCGCAUGGUAUGGAAAGACCAUCACCGUACCCUGCAAUGGUGGAAAGGUGCCUGUAGAUGGUUUGGUUUUUGUCAAGUGGAAAUACGCAAAGGACGAUGGGACCCCAGGAGAUCUAUUGAUUAAACAAAGCACCAGCGAUCAGGUCACUAUUCUGGCUUCAGAGGAAUAUGCUUCUCGCAUCAGCAUGGAGAAGGAUUUCUCCUUGCUCAUCAGCCAAGCAUCACUCAGAGAUCAGAGAAUCUUCACCUGUAUGGCAGUGUCCCCCUCUAACGUGAACGAGUAUUCCGUCAAUGUUGAAGUGAAGAAAAAACCGUCUUCAGUGGAGAUAAUUGACAAGCCGGAAGCACUGAAGAAGGAUAUACUGACCACAGUGGGAACUUGCAUUGUAAAAGAUUCAAAUCCUGCAGCCACCAUUACAUGGACAAAAAAUAAAAGCACCUUAAAUGCUGACGGAAAAGGUGUCUUCAUCACUCCCAGUGUGAAGGUGGAUCCUGCUACAGGCCUGUCCACAUCCCACUCCACGCUCCAGUAUGUAGCAGCCAAAGAAGAUGGUGGGGCUGUGUUCACCUGUGUGUCCACUUAUGAGGGGAUUCACAAUGAGACCAACCUGGAACCGCUAGCUGUUCAUUAUCCAUCCGAGAGAGUUCGUCUUGAUAUUGUAUCCAAGACCCCAAUUGUGGAGGGGGCCAAUGUGACGCUGAAGUGUGCCGGUGAUGGAAACCCACCACCGAACUCCUUUUUCUUUCAUAAAAAGGGCACGAAAACACGGGUUGAAAAAACAGACAUCUUCACUUUAACUUUGGUCAGCAAAGAAGACACAGGCCUUUACAAAUGCUCUCUUCCUGAGAAUGAGAAACUCAAAGCCUCUCAAAACAUCACUGUUCACUAUGUUCAUCUGGAUCUCAGCCCCUCUGGGAGGGUUGUCAAAAUGAUCAGGGACCCAUUUUCUAUCAAAAUUGACCUGAAUACUUCAGUGGACCCUCAAAUCGUAUGGACAAAGGUAAAGUUUGAGCUCAAACAAAAGAAAUACAGACAUUUUCAAACUAGAUAA